GGUAAAGGUAAGCAUUUCCCGGCCAACCCCACAUUGCCUUUCUCCAGCCUGCUCAGGGCGAAACACAAAACUCUCGCUCCCUCUCGCAGACGCGCCUAGGUCUAGCUAGGGUCUGGUCUCGCUGCCCCGCCGCGCGCGCAUUCACAAGCUUCUAGACGUUCCGAGGAGGAGGGGAGGUACCCGCCGCCGCAGCCAUGGCGUCGACUAAGGUCCAGCGUAUCAUGACCCAGCCCAUCAACCUCAUCUUCCGGUUCCUACAGAGCAAAGCGCGCAUCCAGAUCUGGCUCUUCGAGCAGAAGGACCUCCGGAUUGAGGGUCGCAUUAUCGUCUACUCCUCUGGUGGGUCAAGUUGGGUGCUUGACAGUGGAUGUAUAAAUCACAUGACCGGGGAGGAAGACAUGUUUCAUUCCUUGCAACUAACUCAAGAAGCACAAGAAAUUGUGUUUGGAGAUAGUGACAAAAGUAAGGGAUUCGAUGAGUACAUGAACUUGGUCCUCGAAGACGCUGAGGAAAUCAACGUCAAGAAAAACACUAGGAAAUCACUUGGCCGGAUACUCCUCAAAGGUGACAAUAUAACUUUGAUGAUGAACAGUGGCAAGUGAAGAUUCUUAUGGCAGGAACGAUGUUUGGUGCUCGCUUCGAUUAUCUGUGACACAAUGUACUCCAUCCAUCCGUCCAGACUUAAAUGAUGUAUCAUGUCAUUGUGGUUUAGUGAGAGUUGUAUAACUACCUGAGGAAACUCACGUGUUACUAUAUGCUAAGAUGCUGUGACGGUGAGCUAUUCAGUGCUCACUUGUGUUCCAAAGAUUAGCCCGACUUGUGUGUGCCAUGCUGACAUCUUUUCUGGUUUCAUACUCAGCUUUACGUAAA